AUGCAACAGCAGCAUGUCAAUGAUUGGCUAUUAAUAAUUAAUCAAAAAUUCGAUGCAUGUGAAUUGACUGAGCCACAACGCCGUAAAUGGGCUGUGGCAUUUCUUUCUGACGAGGCAUUGAAGUGGUAUACUCGUCAAUUGAUUAAAUUUGAAACAUGGAAUGAUUUACAAAAUGCAUUGCGAGAUAAUUUUCCAUCAGCGCCCGAACCAUCACAAUCUCUUAGACAUCAGCAUCAAAUUCUCCUCAGCAGUACCCUACAUUUACACGAAUCAAUUCCAUAUUAUCACCAGCUCCUUUUCAACAAGGAAAUCGUGGUACUACGAAAACCUUACACUGUUAUCAUUGCGGCAAUAGCGAUCAUUCCAUCAGACAUUGUCCGAAACGACCACGAAAAUGUUGCGGAACUAAUCCGUCGCUCGUAUAUAUCAACGUUUACGUAA